UGCGCAAGUAAUGUCAGUGAUGUGUGCRUCCUUGGUUGAACAGAAAAUCAUACAUUCUAAUAUCAAGUUUUCACUUUAUUCAGAUAUUAUUGAAGAAGGAAGAACAACCUUUCUCAGCCGCAACAGUCGAUGAAUGAAAAGUUAUYGUAAACAGGACAAACAGCGCAUUUCCAUUUUUCUCUCGUGGGGUAUCACAUCACCUCGAGUCUCAAUAGCUUUUAAACUACGAUCUAAAUAAUGUGAUAGAAUUUGAAAGCUGCGUGGCUGUUGUGGACGGAUUUGAACCUGUGUUCAUAUGUGUUGGGAUACUUGAUUCAAAUCCCAGGAGGUCAACGUCACUUAAUCGAGUUUAAAUGUGGCACACGAUUGGAUUGUAAAGGAGACAAGCUUUAGGGAAUUUCUGCUUGAUUAUUAUGUCUAUACACAUAACUCAGUUAGAAACACAGGGGUAUAAAUCUCGUACUGCUACAAAACCGGGACGAUCGAGAAGCGAAGCCAGGCUCGAGGUACACGAAGGGAAACCGGUUAAUCGUAUUACUAACGCCAGUACAACCGAUGUGGAACCGACGGAGGCGCGCUCUCGUGGAAAGACAAMAACAAUCUUAAAAUCGAGUGAGAAGAGUAUAAGAAUUACCAGAAUUAGCAGCGGCCAUGGUACAAGUGGUCAUUUUGAAGGCACGCGCCGUUCAGCGGCUAAGACUGAGCAUGUUUCAUCUACAUUACAUUUCGUAGCUAGUCCUAAACCUAAGCGAGCCAGUAAAGAUAAUGUUMAUUCGAUUUCUGAACAAUCUAGCAAUGCUGUGUUUGGAAUUCAAAAAUAUGUGAUGGCGGAUUGCGAUCGAAACACGCUUGUCUCUUGCAUACCAGGGAUACCACAGGAGGGAGAAGAUGAACAGCCCGUACGAAAAGAUCCCACGGAAAACAAACCCCUUCCACCAUUUUCGAUGCCUUCUCGCCAAAGACAUAAAUUCGCCUAUUUGAGCAGUGUAUCGACCAGCUCCCAGACGGGACGGACAGAGCCUUGCCACAAUAUCGAUGUUAGUUCGUAUAAACAGCCUACGAGUAAACAGCCGCAGGAAGGGUUGCGUGUCAAAGGGCAAUCGGGAUCGAAAAUCCARAGGAAUGCAGACGUUGAGUGUUAUCCGAAUAAGACGGAUCGUUCCCAUCGCCACAGCAAGCCGAAAAGCCGCGAAGAUAAUGGAAAGAGCGACUGCCACUCUCUUGUGGCAGAAUYACAACAAACGGAGGAUCCAAAUAAAGUGAGGGUACAAACUCAAGAACGUCAGACUGAGAAUAUUACAACCGAAUGCAGUGAUACGGGUAUGAGCCACUACGAUAAAAAGGAACAGUUUUCGCGUCAAGCGCAUUGUAACCAACUUGGUACAGCUUCGAAUCAAACAUUUACUGACUCGGACAGUGGUGAUCUCUCGAGUUCUUCAGAUAAUGAUGGGUGCCCAUCGUCUGCUGGUCAUCCGAGAGGCCAUUCGAAUUCUCCGAAGCGUAGAAAACGCGUAAAGAGAAAGAGUUCUGCUAAAUCUGUAGGUUCGAGUAUGUAUGGUGAUGAUAACACGACUGAUGGAGAGUCGGCGACAGAUACUCUUACUAGAGUGCACGAUCGUCGAUCACGUAGAAAAGAGGAUGAAAAUAAUAACAAUUCUGCAGCAAGACAAAUUAAUACUGCUAGAGGGAAAACUGMGGCAUCCGGAACUUCGAUAACUACGGUAAAAGGAGCUCAGUUUAGGUCAAGUAGUCUUACUUCUGUUAGCUCGGUAGAAGGUGGUAGGGGAAGAUCUGCAACAUCAUCUCCUCUCCUUACCCCAAGGGGUACCACUUUGGUAAAGAAAAUCCAGAUUCAGUCAUUCUCUGCUACUUGUACGGGAUUCAAUAAGGAAAACAAAGAGAACUUGAUCAAGAGGAGGGCAUCUGCAGAGGAACAUUUCUAUGACAGAACCAAAGAAAAGACAAUCAUUCCAGACCAUUCAAGGUCAAUAAGUAGUUCGUAUGGUAGUCUAGAAAAAAACACUUCUCGAUCAGAGACACCAGUUUCAAAAGGAAGGCCUUUUGCCUUAAGGAAUAAACCAUUUCAAUUAAGAAGAAGCUCUUCCAAGGAAAGUCCAUACACCAGUGAAGCAGAGAGUAUUGGCUCACCUUUUGCUGCAAAAGAAGAAACUGAUACUCUUUCUAGUAUCAAUAUUCCAGAAUUUACAGAUAAGCCAAGUAGAAUUCUUUCACCUGUUUCAUCAGAGCCUAAGGAAGUAUCUAUAUCUUCAUCUAUUCAUCCAACUUCACCUGAUUUCCAUAUUGAGUCUCAAUAUUCUGUCUCUGGUGUACAUGACAAUGUUUUUAGUAGUCCUUUUGAUCAGUCUACAUCAACUCACAGUAGUAAUGGGAGUAUUUUACCAGGUCUUGAAGCUUCAACAGAAGAAAGAUCUUCUCCAUUGCUAGAAACAACACCAUUGAGCAUAGGAGAAUCAACUCAGGCAAUACCAAUACCAGGAUCUUCUGUACCUGAUGACACAAGUGAAUGGAUGUCACAAUCAUAUCCUCCUUUGCAAACUUAUCCCUUUGACUCAGAUUCAUAUGUUGGUGGACCGUAUGGGUAUAGAGCCUUGUCUAUUGUCAGCGAACAGGAAGAAAUGGAUGGUGUUCAACCAACAAACAAUGAAAGCUUACUCCAAAACACUUAUUCUAAAAGUAAAGAUAAUAACACAGUUAAACAUUAUUGGUCAUCAAAUCAGACAGAAAGAGAAAGUGGUAAAAGUGGACGGAUAAAAUCAAAUGAAAUAGAGGAAGUGUCAGCUGUGCGUAGACCUUCCUACAUCAGAGCCCAACAAAAUGUGGAAAGCUUUGCACUUUUUCGGUCAUUUGAUGAUGAAGGACCAUCUCUUCCAAGAGAAACCACUUUGACAAAKGAUUCUUACCCUUUGCAACAUGACUCUAAGGAGGAACACUAUGAUCCCAAGGAAGUUUUGAAAUCAUUUAGUGGUUCUGACUUGGAAGCUCAUGAUGGUCUACAUUCAUUUAAAAAAGAUGGUGAUUUGAUCACUUUUGAUGAUGAACAUAGAGCAAAGAAUAGCGCUCRUCAUGAAUCUUCAGAAGAACCUGUGGUAAAGAAGAGAAAGAAAAAAAUAGCUAGACMAAAAAUACCAACUAUACUCAACAUAGAUGAAAGCACAGGUUUAGAAAAAGAGCAUUAUGAUGAUGAUGACAAUCAUCGACCUAUAAUGAUCAAAGCCAGGGAAGAAACUAUGGGUCAAGAUUCAAUGGAUGAAAAAUGUAUGGAUACCAGUAACUUGUCAAAGGAUUCCAAGAGUGAAGAAUUUGAUAUGAUCGAAGCUUCAAAACGAAAUACUCUGGUAGCUAUUGAUAGUGAUGACGGGAGUACUCCAAAAGCAACUCACUCACCUGCUUCUGAACCAGAAGAAAGUUACCUGUUAAAUCAAGAAAAACAGUCUGGAAGCCGAGAAAAGCAAUCUCCAUCCACUGGAGCGCAUUUUGCGCCGUCUCUUUCCCUACCUCAGAUCACGACCGAUCUUUACGUCGAUCAAGAUGACAACUCCUCACAUAUCCCAUUGAAAAAAGUCGACACACUGUAUGACUUGAGUGAAGAGGAGUCUCGAGGGAUGGGACUUAUAUAUGUUGACCAGGAAGCUCAAGACACAAAGAGUGUGGAAAGKUUUGGCUCUCAGAGUGACGGGAUUUCUCCUAACCAAAGUCAAUCAAAUCUUGAUAAUUACUCUUUAACUACUAGUGGGUUUAGCGAGAUAGUUGAAGAUUUUUCGGACAGCUGUGAGAUUCCUGUCCAAAGGGCUGAUAUGGUAUUAGGAGUGGGAAAAGCGAGCACUGAUGGCUGGCGGUCACAUAGCGAUCCCAGUGGGAGAACAAACGGUGCAGGGGCACCAUUAAGUGAGACAAUUGCAGAAGCUGUUGAGCUCAAUUCGUACAGAAACAGUAACAGUGCACCCGACCUCAUCACUGAAAAACUAAAGAAAGAAGCUGCCAUUUUAUCGCAAAGAAUAAACUCCGGCAAAGAGAGACCUACUAUAUCAAGGACUAGAUCGAGUCCUUCAUCUUUUCCUAAGCCUUCGAUCCAGGAAAGUGAUCAAACGCGGAAUAAACAUUUAGAAAGCAAGGAUGAUUCGCAACUAAAACUAAGUCCUGAUACCAUCUUUGAUAUGGAUGGUGGUAAGUCAUCUUUGAAAGUACACUCUGCACCUUCCACGCCUACAUCUUCUAGGAAGCAGCUAUACUCCAAUACCUUCUCAGCGGAAAAGACGCAAAUGAAGUUAGCCAAACUGGCAGCCAUGGAACCGAUUUACGAAACUCCUCUUACAGAACUGAUCAAACCACUUCCAGAACCGGUCAAACUGGAACGUAAAUGUGGUGCAAGUCCAGCAUUCGAGGAACCUGAACGACCACCUGCUACAGGAGUGCAAGAGAGUAAACCACAGGACAAACUGCAGCCCAAACCCAAGUCUAAACACGACAUAAAAAGACAUGUUCUUCAAAACUUGCUAGAGACAGAGCAGUCUUACGUGCAGAACCUCCAAUACCUCGUAACGGCAUAUUACAAACCAUUGAAAAAACCUGAGAACGUGAAUAUCGUAGAUCCAGCUCAAGUGGAUGAGAUGUUUUACCAAAUAUCAGACAUUCUUCUUUGUCACGAGUUUUUCUUGGAGCAGUUGGAAUCACGCGUUGAUGACUGGCACGACAAACAGAAGAUUGGUGACAUUCUAGUAGCAUCGUUUACCAAAUGCUUCCUAAUGGACGCAUACAGUGCAUUUAUCAGCCAUUUUCUGCAUGCCAGAGCUGCCGUUAGAAUCGCAACUGUUUCGCGGCCAGGAUUCCAGAGAUUUAUCGAGCAAUGUAGUAGAGAACACAAAGAAAAGCUUACCUUACAAGAUUUGAUGAUCAUGCCUGUACAAAGAAUACCUCGAUAUGUUCUGAUACUGAAGGACAUGAUCAAACAUACGACACAGGACCACCCUGAUUAUGGUAAUUUAUUACUCGCGCUGGGCGAAAUCAAAACUCUUGCUGAUCGAAUGAACAAAGGAGAGAAAGAAGUCAACGAAGCUGAAAUUGAAGCAGAUCGGCUGCGAGAUAUUGAAGCUUCUAUCGAAGGAAUUACAGAGUUAGUCGUGCCCAACCGUCGAUUCCUGAGAAAAGACUUGGCUGCUGAAGUGAGGGGCUCAAUUACAAAGAAAGAUCGAUGUUUAUUCUUGUUCACUGACCUUUUGGUCUGUGCGUCCGUUAAGCGUAAACCUAACGCGCUACGAAGAGGAUCACUAAGUCUGUUUUCUGGUCAAUCAGGCAGCGAGUUUAACAAGCACAAAUUACUAUGGAAAAUGCCGUUAGAAUACGUCGAACUCGUGAAAUCUUCCCCAGAGUUACAGCGACGCAACAGCCUGGAGAAACAGAUAGAGAAACUCGAAAAUGAUAUGUCUGUAUUGAGUCAAAUCAGCUCACUAACAGACUCACUUAAUGUCAGUCAUCAGGCAUUGGAUGCGUCAAUACGUGAACUAAUGAACGAGGUCAGUAGACAAAUCGCUGAAAAGCAAAUCCCGAUGCACCAGUCUCUAAAUACAAGAAUUGAACUACAAGCGCAAACAGAAGAUGGUCUAGAAAAUUUUGUAUUUUUAUUCCUGGAUGUUGAAAUUAAAAACACCUGGGAAGCUUACUUCGAAAACGCAAAGCAAAAACUAGCGUAUGCCAAAGACACCUUCCCACCAGAGUUUCAGUGCCCAAUACCUAUUACUAAAACCAGGAGUGGUAUGCAGUUCACCUGUUCAUCGCCCAGUCAAGUACCUCACAUGUUGGACCGUGGUAAUCACUGUGGAUCAGGCGACGUCUGGGUUUGUAAUAGCGAUGGUUAUGUUGGCCAGGUCUGCAUUCUUUCCAUGGGGGGACAAAUCCAGCCAAUCGCUUCUUUAUCAGUUUGCUCAUCUCGUAUUCUCUGCAUCUCACCCGUCCCUGGUACUAAACUAGUUGGCCUUGAGAACGCUCAUCAGGAUGACUCCAAGUCAGACUCGCGCUCCAUAGGCAACAAUGGUGACAGCGGCUUCAAAGUAUCUGGACAAAAACUUUCCACUGGGUACUCCAGUGAUGACGAACGUAACGCGCAAACCAUCAUGGCUUUCGAUAGCAGCUCUGAUGAUGAAGAAGGCAUGAACAAUGAUGGAUUCCUCGGAAGUAAGUUUGGUCGCAAUUCCCCGAUCUACGACGGACGACUGAGUCCCGAGGGAAGUAGCCUAGGGACGAUUGACGGAGAGAUGGACAGCAGCCAUGAGGAGUCUGACAUAGAUGAAAGUGAAGACGAGGAAGCAAAAGCCAAAGCAAGUCAAAGACACUCUAAGAGAAGAGACAGUGCAAGAACCACAGGAUCGGUGACUAGUGCCGAAGAUAAACUAAGUUUAAGUGACAUUGUACCUUACGAUACUGAAGAAGGCUCGACAGUAUGGUUGGGAACAGAAGAUGGAAGUAUAUUUGUGUAUACAACACUCGAUGCUCAUCAGAAAAAGAACAAGAUGAAAAUCCAGCAUCAAGCUUCUGUUCAAUGUAUUCUAUAUGUGGACAACCAAGUGUUUGUGUCAUUAGGAAAUGGAGAUCUUUGUAUAUACCGACGUCAGCCAGGUUCAGCUUGGGAAGUCGGAGCACCCAUUACCCUUCAAGUGGGUGCCUCCGCACCUGUUUCGUGUAUGACCGCUGUACAUGGAAGACUGUGGUGUGGAUGUCAAUGUAAUGCUGUUAUAUAUAACACUACUACACUUAAAAUAGAGACGCAGUUUAAUUGUAGUUUGGAUAAAGAUCGUUCAGUAUAUCGCAUGGUCAGUUCUGGUAUGGGAGUAUGGCUUUCCUUACAGAGUAGUGCUGUUAUCAGACUCUUCCAUGCCACGAGAUACGAGUGUUUAGCAGAUGUAGAUGUUGCACCUCCUGUGCAUAAGAUGUUAGCAGGCUCGGACGCUAUAAUCCGUCAGCACAAAGCAGCAUGUCUUCGAGUGACAUCAUUAUUAACCUGUAAAGACCUUCUGUGGAUAGGAACAAGUGCUGGUGUGGUCCUUACCUUGCCACUACCAACUAUUGCAGCUACCACAUCAUCUCUACGAAAUAGCCCUUCGGCAACUGCUUCUUAUCACGGACAUACCGGACACGUCAGAUUUCUGACAGCUGUCGAGGUUCCUAAAGAGGGAGCACAGGAGAGCACUAGUGAUAAGGAACCUAACACUCCUGUAACCCCAACUUUAACUUCCGGUCCUCCACUUACGCCUGGAGGUCCUUCGGGAAGUAAUAGAGACAUUGCUAGAGACAUUUUGAUAAUCAGUGGAGGAGACGGUUAUGAGGAUUUUAAAACAAGUUCAACAAGUGAAUCUGCGGGCAGAGACGACAGUACGAACCACUUAUUAAUAUGGCGAGUCUGAUUCUUAAGUAUUGCUUAUUCGGAAGUGUUAUCCUGAGUUGAAAAUUCUGGAACGAUGUAUAUCAAACACGUUUUGGUGGUGUUACAAAGCUACAUAGCAUUAGAUGUUAGACAAAGAACAUUUUCUUUUCUCCAGGUGGAAUCUUAUAUUUGCACCAAGAGCAGACUUUUUGUUAAUAGUUUACCAAAGCACUUUAUGAAUGGCUUCUCCGAUAGUUUGUGUCGAUCAUAACACCGUAGGGUUACUGAUACCUUGGACUCUGCUGCGCUGUGAGGCGGUGCCAUUCUACAAGUCGUUUUUGAUGCAUGACAUCUAUUUUCUCGCCUUUGAUUGCCUUCAUGACUUGCUCUUCCUUGCUUUGGAUUGGGUAGUUGAGAAAAACCAUUUCACUGCACGACAUGCGCUCAUGCUUAUGAUUGAUUCAACGAAGAUUGAGUUUCACCUGAGAGUUGCCCAAUCAUCCGCUUUAUUAUCCUAUUGUCUAACACCAAACCUCAUUUUAGAAGGAGAUAGGAACUGAAAAUCCCGUUUUUAAGCAUCAGAUGGAGCUUCAUUUAAGCCUUACCUAACAUUGCUGGGCUUUCGUUUAUUUUUUCUAAUUUUAGAUUUUAAAAGUUCAAAACAAAUCCACAUAUCCAAGAAUGUAAAAAUCACAGACAAGAUAGAAUUUUCAAUUUGUACAAACUACGUUUUUCGAAGUAUAGAUGAUAGACUUCAGGCUAAACUAUACAUAUAUCUGUUUUAGGAGAACAUUUUUUUUCUGUUUUAGAAGAACCUUAUUUUUAUUUCCUUUGUACAAAGUGUUUAAAUAUAUGAUAAUAUUAAUGAUAUCAUUACAAAUUUCCUUUUCGGCCCUGUGUAAUUAUUUGAUGUGAAUGUCAAGUUUCAUAGAUCAUAUUAUGAAUAUUAUUAAACAAGCAAAAAACCAA